GCGGGACUUCCCCCUCUCUACCCAGGAAGUCGUCGUGUUACUUUUCUCCUCCUUCUCCUCCUCCUUUUCCAGUCUUGUGAGAAACAAGAAAAACUACAGGGGUGUUAAGUUGCUUUCAAACUACAGGGAGAAGGCAGUUUUCCACCGGUUCCACCCGUACUCUCGGUUUGUGGCGUUUAACUUUGCUGGUUGUCAUCGAAGAAACGAGGGGAAGAUAUGGCCACAGGAGGACGAAGUGGCCACACUGUUACGAUGGAAAAGGAUAUUGAAAGCUAAGGAAUUGCCAGAAUCACAACUUUGGUCCAGGAUGAAUCCUGCCCCUCAUCAUAUUUCAUCCAUCAUCACCUCCAUUGACACUAUAUUGUGUCUUCAUUAUUUUAGCAACUGCACAGUGAGCCAACAAGGUGUAACACUGCAUAUUUGAUCAUGCACUUGUGAUGAUACACAGGCUGCCCAUCCCAUAUCCCAUUCCUAUUGUCUGUAACAAGGACACGUCCUUCUAUUCAGACCCUGUCCUCCCGACCCCCCUCCCUCUCUUUGAGUUUCUGGGCCAUGCUCCGCAAGAGAAGUUCCCUCAUUCUCUGUGGUACGUUCCUCUUUAUCACCUGGAACGCCAUACUGGUGCUUCUGCUGUGGGGCAGACCUCCACCUGGGCAGCCGGCUGAGCCCGGCCAACACCAUAACCAAGUGGUUGAAAGGCCCACUAAUGAUGUGGUGGGAGAUGUGCUUCGAAUGGCGGACACAUUCGAAGCAGAGCUUCAGCUGCAGAAAGAAAUCCUGAUGCAGAUCCAGAGUCACCAGUCACUGUGGGAGCCAUCAAACAAAAACAAACCGAAGGUUGUAGUCCCCCAUGACCCUGUCAUUCCUAUCCUGGUUAUUGCCUGUAACAGGGUCACCGUGAGGCGCUGCUUGGACAAACUCCUGCAGCACCGUCCAUCAGCAGAGCUUUACCCAGUCAUAGUGAGUCAGGACUGUGGACAUGCUGAGACUGCUGAGGUCAUUCGUUCUUAUGGAAAUCAAGUUACUCACCUCAAACAGCCAGACUUGUCAGACAUCGCUGUGCGACCAGAGCACAAGAAGUUUCAGGGUUACUACAAAAUCUCCAGGCAUUACCGCUGGGCUCUCAACCAAGUAUUCAAGACCCUUUCUCAUUCCUCUGUUGUGAUUGUAGAGGAUGACUUGGAGGUGGCGCCAGACUUCUUUGAGUACUUCCGAGCUUUGCUGCCACUCCUGAAAUCUGACCCCAGUCUGUGGUGUGCGUCAGCCUGGAAUGACAAUGGCAGGGAUGGCUAUGUGGAUCCUGGCAAGGCUAACCUGCUCUACAGGACAGACUUCUUUCCUGGUUUGGGGUGGAUGCUCCUCAGGGAGGUGUGGGAGGAGCUGGAGCCUAAGUGGCCUGCUUCAUUCUGGGACGACUGGAUGCGUCAACCAGAGCAGCGCCGCAACCGCGCCUGCAUCCGCCCAGAGAUCUCACGGACUUUAACAUUUGGCCGACAAGGUGUGAGUCUAGGUCAGUUUUUUGACAAGUACCUGCGUUAUAUUAAACUGAAUACCGAAUUUGUGCCUUUUACCAAGUUAGACCUCAGUUACUUGAAGGAGGAGACAUACAGAGAUUUUUUUGAGAAGGAAGUUUACAGUGCUCCCGUGGUUAAAUAUGAAGAUGUUAAGCAGGGGCAACUAAAAGGACCCGGGCCCUUCCGCCUUCAAUACUCAAGUAAGGACAGUUUCAAAAUGCUGGCCAAAAACCUGGGAGUCAUGGAUGACUUGAAGUCUGGAGUCCCAAGAACAGGAUACAGAGGAGUUGUCAGUUUCAUCUCAAGAGGAAGGAGAAUCUUUUUAGCCCCUCCUCCAGGAUGGACCCAGUAUGACCCCACUUGGAGCUGAUGAUCUGUGAGAAAGCCUAUGUGCAGUAGCCUUUUUGUAAUCUCUAAAUGGGGAGAGCAUUCCAGACCAAAGAGUGAUGUCUUUAAACUUCCUUUUGGAUUGAAUGAUAUGUACUCGAGUUCAUUGUCCUUGAUAAUGCAGAGUGGAUUGUCCCUCUUUCUAGUAUAGGGAUCAUUGCCAAUACUACUCAGGUCUUUUUCAUUAAUCCAAAACAUUUCUUACAGUGUAGGAUACAGCCUAAACAGUUUGUUAGACAAAACUGCUGUGAUUCACCAGAGAUCUAUUUUUUUAUUAUGCUAAUUGUGCACAUGACAUUCAUCAAUGCAUUCAAUGCAAUUACGUAAUUUGCCACUUUUGUUUAAAUUAUUUGCAAUUUCUGGUAGCCUCUGUGAACUGUUUAUGUCUGGUAUAAAUAUGAAAUCACAGUCUGUGGUAUGGUUGCUUAUGGUGUUGGUGACUGGUCAUAAAUGCAGUAUAAUCUAUCGUUUUAUUGUCUUUGUUUUUGUCAAAAAUCAGUUCUUCCUGCUUGUAUUUUAAUUUCAAAUAAUUUUGAGAAAUGAUUCCUCGUUGUUGUACUUCUUGCAGGUUUGUUACCUUGCACACUACAACAUUUGUGUGUUUGUAUAUUUUUGGAAUAAAAAAAAUCAAUACACA